UGACGUUGGCAGACGAACCAGCCUGUCUAAGCCUGUGAGAAUUGAACGUAAGGAUGUGUGUGACCACCCUCCCUCCUCCAGACGCUGCUCUUACUAUCUGACUUCGUUCUUUUCUUACUGGGCAAGUGACUGUUCGACACCCCCCAUCCCACAACGCUUUCCCACCCAUCUCCCUGUACUUCCUGCUUGCAUUUCUUGGUCCAACCAUAUGUUAAGCAAUGUCACAGGGCCAGCAGACAGUUACUCCUGCUGCCAGUUUCCUAAUCAACGGCAAGCCUUGGGGACGCGCAUUGAAAGCAGAGUCGUCCCAGGUGCCUGUGUGGUUGGCACACUCUUCAGUCAGCCAGCACCACAUUUUCACCGACUCCUCUAGAGUGUUGUCUCAGGCAAAGGUACAUUAAGCCUGAGUCCAAAGAGGCUGCAGUUUUCCAGAAAGGACACCGUCGCCGUCAUUACUGAGCGUCUCCUACUCGGCUUCAGAGGCAAGACGUCUUCCAACGCUUGAAGCCUCCAAGCCAUCAAUAACCCCAGAUGGCCUCCCGAGGAGAUGAGAAUGCAGAACUGGAGGCAGACUCAGCAGGUGGUACCCCAGCGAGCCAGGUGGAACCAGAGGUGGUGAAUAACUCUGUCUACCAGCCCAUUAAUGGAUCACAAAAUCACCAGAAGGAGAAGCUACAGGCCCUUGGGUUUAUUGUUUCAGGAUCCUUGUCUGUUGCAGCUGGGAGAAAGCCCACAAAAAGGUUGGUGGAACACAAUUUUGGAAUGAAUAUUGCCAGCGCUACCGUUGCUCUAGUUGGGUUUGUUUUGGUCUCGAUCAAUUUAGCAGUUAAUAAGUAUUCUCUCAAGGAAUGUCCGUCUUCACAGUCACUGGACUUAUGCAUUUGCAUGGACGUCUUAUCAAACGGCAUCAUGUCUCUAAUGCUCAUCCUUACCUUGCUGGAAUUAUGCAUCAGCAUCUCUGUUUCAGCCAUGUGGUGUGCAGAAAACGCAUGUAAUUCCAGAGAGGCGAUUUCCUCACCUGGUAAUUCUGUGUAAGCAGAAAUGCCUCCUGAUGAAACUAAAUCUGAGAGCAAGGAAGUUCAACCUCAACUCUCCAAUGAGUCAGAGCUUCAUCAAAGACCUCAGGAAGACAGGAGCCUCCUCUCUUUACGGCACGAAGCAUGAGAGACUUGAAUAUCUGACUCAACUUUUUUGUUUUUGUAAAUUCUGUGCUCACCACUCCAAAGUUGUUCCCAUAAUCUUUCUUCUUACCCACCUACUCCAUUGCCUUACAAGGUUUAAAGGAAGCAGGCAGAAUAAUUCCCGUUUUAUGAAUUCUCUCUAAAUCCAACUCCCAACCACCCAUUGAGAAGGAAAACGAGUCAGAUGUUUUUUGCAUUGCAGAAAAAUGCUUCUUGACUUUAGCUGACGUCAGCAUUGUAAAACUUCAAAUAAAAAAUCAUCAUUA